AGAACACAAAGUAAGCAUGAAAGUUGCCAUUCUUUCCUUUAUACGCCUUUGGUUUGACAGGUUAUUUGUAAAUACAAACAAACCUCAAAAUGCAGUUCAAAAGGAUUAUUUGUAAUGUUUGAUUUAUUGAAGAGUUAAAAUACCAAUGCUCAGAAUACACACAACAAACUCCUGUCCAAAUUAUGUGCAGCCGAUUUUAGAAUUAUGCAUUGUACAAUUGGAGGAACUUCUGUUAAAGCCCUGGCCCGCGCGCUGCAGGCGCUCGCCAGGCUGGGCAAGGACUUUAUCUUCGUGGAGCCCGGAGACUCCGGCCUCUGCGUGAGGGCCAUCAACUCGUCGCACUCUGCGUUCGGGAUGUUCUCGUUCCCGCGGAGCUUCUGCACCAGGUACUGGGUGGAGACAGAGCACGACCCGGCCUUCAACAUCAAGCUCCUGCACUGCAGGCUCUCGGUGAAGUCGGUGCAAGGCAUUGUGCGGUCGCUGAACGUCCCGCGGCACGUGGAGUCGUGCACGCUCACCGUCCGGCCGGAGGAGGACCGCGUGAAGGUGGAGCUCCUGUGCCGCUACAAGGUGGUCAAGGUGCAGUUCCUGCCGGUGAUCGCCUGGGAGUCGCUGGAGCUGCAGGUCAGCCAGACCCCCGACAUGUCGAACCGCUUCACCGCCACGGCCAAGCAGCUCACCGACGUGCUCGUCAACUUCUACCCCAACCCCAACGACAUCACCAUCAUCGUCACCGCCCAGAACCUCUUCCUGCAGAACUACAUCGACGAGGCGCGAGACCCGAAGAAGGAGAGGCGAACAGAGAUGCUUUUGCACGCUGGGGAAUUUCACGAUUAUCACGUCAGCCAGAAAUCCCAAGUGACUUUCAACGUGAAGGACUGGAAAGCAGUUCUUGCAUUUGCUGGGGCCUUCACUCUUCCAGUUUCCGUUAACUUCCAGAAGGCUGGACGGCCAAUUGUGUUCAAGGUGCAGCGUGAAGGGCUGUUCGAGGCCAAGUUCGUCCUGUCCACGGUGUUGCCCCUGAGCAACAUCCCGGCGUCCGAGAACAACAUCCCCGACAGCGCCCUCACCAUAUCGAAGAAGCUGGCUGAGAAGCACGGGAACGUUGACCUCUACAAGGCCCUGGAGAGGAAGCGCAUGUCUGUCCUGAACAAGGCAGGCGGCUCCCGAACCGAGGGCGCCUCUGCGAGGGCCCCUCUCGUCAGUCACCAAGGUAAGAAGAUAGUCUCCCAGUCUGCUGAUGCUUUCUGUGCCAGUGAUCUCACUUCUGUGGAACUUUCGAACGAGUGGCUCCCGGAGGAGGAAGAAAGGGACAAAGCUCAGGGCGCGAACAGGAAACGGAGUUUCGUUGACAUUGAACCGGUAAAUAAUGACGACAUACUUGCCGUGACCACAACAAAAUGUGCUGCGAACAUGAAGGCUUUAAGAGGUGAACGAGAGGAAUCUUCUGUUAAUGGUCGUGUUGAUGAUGAAAGGAGCGAACAGUUUUAUUUUGCGAACGUGGGCGACGAGAACGAAGUCAACCCCGAAGAUCCAUGUGUUAUUGCUAGAAACGAGAAUCGUGAAAAGAAAUUGAGAUUGUGUUCGAAAGCGGAUGACGAAUACUGCGAGACAACUCCUGGAAGACCCCAACUUUUGUCGCCGCACUCCGUGUCGGAAAAAAUAAACACUGUGUUCAGGUGUUGUUUCAGAGAGCCUUUUGACAUUACGAAAUUGCCUGGCUAUGAUGAAGUGCUUGCGGAAGAUUCUGAUGGAGAGUCAUGUAGAUAAUACAACAUACAGGAUUUGCACAUUAGGCAGUGCAAUGAUUUUGAUACUAAGAAAUUUAAAUAAUUUUUUCUGUAAAAAUUUGAUUUACUGUUUUUGUUUACCAGUUGAGUGUUAGUAAUAUUUAUAGUAAUAUUUAUAUUUCUAUAAAUAAAAAUGUUAUUUAUUUGUGUAUUUUUAAGGCUAAUUAUACCAUUAUCACCACCAGCUAGAACUAGAAGUGGGCCAGCUCGCAGGUAGAACUGGCGUCUAUCUAUCAAGAUGGACACAACCAUUUUGCCAUUGUUUUGUUGCUUUCAUGUAGGCAGUGGCAGGAGAUUGAGUUGGUUUGUGUGUGUGAUAGCUAAAUGUUACUAAAGAUGGUAAAUUUGUUAUUUCCUAUUUCCUACUGUGUAAAACAUUUAUGUUAUUGCUGAAUUAUAUAUUUAUUUAUUCAUGUACUGUGUAUCAACACGCACACACACACAUGGAAUUAACAAUAGGUCCGCCGCUCCGCGACUGGAAAACUGAAACGGCAUGAAUCUACCUCAUGGUAAUGUUUUACCUUAUAACAAUAUUGCCACAAAGUGAAACUAAAAAUAAUUAAUAUUCCAUGUGCUGGACUUUUUAAAACUUUUUUUAACUAGCUUAUUCCUAGUUAGACUUUUUACUAUGAUUAUUUUAGUUUACGAAGUAAAUUCCAGGGUAGUUUCACUAUCAUAAAGUUUCAUGUGGCACACCAGUAUGUUUGAUAUGUACCCUAAUAUUUACCAAAGUGAUGAUAUACAUACGUGUUUAUGUUGCUACACGUGCAUCCGCCAUCUUUUCAAGGUUUCCGAGACUUCUGGGCAGACGUAGCACCGUUGUCCCUAAUUUCCAUUCAAUUUUCACAAAAUUUCUCCUACAGAAUUCUGUAUACCGGGAGCUAAGACCUUUACACAUAAAAAAAAAUAUCUUAAAGAUUUUAUUGUUGCUGUGGCCAUAACUCUAAAUGUAAUCUGUGUGUAUUGCAUUACUUGCAAGGUUUACAAUGAAUUCUAUUAACUAUGAAACUGUAAUUUUUGUCCUGCCAUAGCAUAAUAAAAACAAUGAAACACAGUCGAUGCCUCUCUGCUCUCUGGUGCGUGGGCCCAGGGAAUAUUGGCCGUUCCUGUUCCUUAUUCUUGCUGGCCCUGCAUCCGUUAUAAAUACACUAUGAAAUACCCACUUUCCAAAAGGUUUGAUAAUUUAGGGAAAUGCACAAUUAAUUGUGUCAAUAUCAUCUUCAUCAUCAUCAUUAUAAAAUUCACCAGUCAUGCUGCAACUUCUCUCCACUUUUAGUUGUUGUAUACAUUGCCUUUGAAAAGUAGACAUCGCCAUGUGUUGGAGUGGUCAAAUUUAAGAAUGAAAUGGAAAUGGGGAACUAAUUCAUUUUCUGUUUGGUUGCAGUUAGCUCAGUCUGGUGUGACUAAACAGGUUAUGACUAAAUGUCAUUAGUCACAUUUCUGAGUAGUGUGGCAAUAGAAACUCUGGUCUCCUUUCUAGAGACUGUUCCUUAGUAACAACUUAGAAUAAGCCAAUUAUUUAGGAUAUUUUUAUGGCUUUGGCUGGCCUUUAUUUUUAAGUGAAAUAUGAAUAACGUAAUAAUUUUUAACUUCAUCAUAGUAAUUUUUUUAUGGUCAAACAUAAAAUGUUCGAAAUUAAGCUGAAAUUGUAUGUUUUCAUUAAAUAUAUUUUGUUGUGUAUAUUAAUUUAUUUUGACAUCAGGCUAGGCUGUAAUAAGAUAGCAUUGAAUAAACAAUGCUUUAAUGAUAGAUUAACAUAUUUUUACAAAUAUGUAGGUAUGUAAUAUAAUACUGAAGAAAAAUAAAUUAAGUAUUGCUAUUGCUGUUAUUUAAAACUAAUUUAUCUGUUAAUUAAUGCCAAAUAUUUGAGUAUUUACACAAUUUGGCUUAAGGAAAGAGUAUCUUUUGCAGCUUAUAAUAAUGGUGUCUUGUUGCACUGGUGCUGGUAUUGUAAUUAAAUAAAACUGAUUACCAAAAAUCAGAGUGAAAUUAAUAGAGUUCUUUACAUACUUUUUUCUUUACACUUCAAAUCUACAAUUCAGACUUGGUUAUUUCAAAUUGAAAAGUGAGAAGUCCAGGCAUUAAAGAUG